GAGGAGAUAUGUAGGACAACGGCGGGGGAGAGUGGGGGGGGGGGAAACUGAAAGAAAGGGACUGGUUUACCUUUUAGAAACUUCUCCUGAAAGUGAAUUGAGAGUAGCCAGCCGGAGAGAGAGGGGAAAGCCGGGCUGGAAUCGGGGGUUUAAAAAAAUCACUCGAUUCGAUUAGCUAUCGGGUUGAAUGCGCGAUCUGUUCCCGGCCCUGCCCCCUGGCGCCUGUCACGGUUGUUUCGCUGCGGGUGGCUGGUUGGAGGCGUCCGGCUUCAGGAACCGGGGCAGUGAUCGCAGAGAGCCUCUGGCAAGCUCGCCACCCGGAUAGCCAUCCGAAGGAACGGGGUUGGGGGGAGGUGAGGGGAAAGAGUCUUCGACUGGAACCGCAAGAGCCCCUUACCCUCAAGAAUCUUCCACGGCAUCCGCGAGACCACCACCACCCCCCGCCUUCGCGUUGCCCUCUCGAGAACCUUCCACAGGAUCCGCGAGACCCCCUUCCUCCCAGAAACCCCCUGGAACUGCGAGACGCCCACCCGUUUCCCCGGGAAUUAUCAUUCUCGCCGACCCCCUCAGAGUCCGAGACAUGUUUAAUUGCAUUCCUCUAUGGCGGUGCAACCGACACAUCGAGGCGGUGGACAGGAGACACUGCUCGCUCCUCGCCGUUCCUGAUGAAAUUUAUCGCUACAGCCGGAGCCUGGAGGAACUGCUGCUCGACGCCAACCAACUACGUGAGCUGCCCAAGCCAUUUUUCCAACUGGUUAAGUUACGAAAACUUGGACUAAGUGACAAUGAAAUCCAGCGACUUCCUCCAGAAAUAGCAAACUUCAUGCUGUUAGUCGAGUUGGAUCUGUCUCGAAAUGAUAUUAUGGAAAUUCCAGAAAGUAUCUCAUUUUGCAAAUCAUUACAAGUAGCAGAUUUCAGUGGCAAUCCAUUGACCAGGUUGCCCGAAAGCUUUCCUGAGUUGCGGAACUUGACUUGUCUCUCUCUGAAUGACAUCUCAUUACAGGCGCUUCCUGAAAAUAUUGGAAAUCUUAUAAACUUGGCGUCACUUGAGCUAAGAGAGAAUCUACUGACCUUGCUACCAGAAUCGCUUUCCCUUCUGUGCAAAUUGGAAGAAUUGGACCUUGGAAACAAUGAACUAUAUACUUUGCCAGAGAAUACAGGAUCACUUUCAAACCUUAAGGAUUUGUGGCUGGAUGGGAACCAACUCAUGGAAUUGCCUGUGGAAAUUGGAAACCUGAAGAACUUGCUGUGUUUAGACGUGUCAGAAAAUAAACUGGAGAAACUCCCGGAAGAAAUCAGUGGACUUGGUUUGCUCACUGAUCUUCUGGUGUCUCAGAACCAAUUGGAGGUUUUGCCAAAUGGAAUUGGAAAACUAAAGCACCUUUCCAUUCUGAAGCUUGAUCAAAAUCGUUUGGUUCAGUUAACAGAAGCUAUUGGUGAAUGCGGAAAUCUUACAGAGCUUGUACUCACAGAAAAUCAGCUAACGAAUUUGCCACGAAGUAUUGGAAAGUUGCGGAAGCUGACAAAUUUUAAUGUGGACAGAAAUAGGUUGCUUUCCAUUCCUAAAGAGAUUGGUGGCUGCUGUUGCCUUAAUGUCUUCAGUCUACGUGAUAACAGAUUAACCAGAAUUCCGCCAGAAAUUUCGCAGGCAACUGAACUCCAUGUGCUAGACCUAGCUGGAAACAGGUUGAAAUAUUUGCCAUUAUCAAUGACCAGCUUGAAACUGAAGGCCCUUUGGUUGUCUGAAAACCAGUCACAGCCUCUUCUAACUUUCCAGACUGACAUCGAUGUUGAAACAAGGGAAAAGGUUCUGACCUGUGUGUUGCUUCCUCAACUGCCUUCUGAACAGAACAACUAUGCAGAUAACUUGCCUCGCUGUGGAGCACUGGAAAAUUUGGUGAAUGACAUGUCCGAUGAAAUGUGGAAUGAACGUGCAAUGAACAGAAUCAGUGCAAUACGCUUUUUAGAUGAUGAGGAUGAGGAGGAUGAUGAAGAAAAGGGUACACUUCUGAGGAGAGCCACUCCACACCCAGGGGAACUGAAGACUUUAAAAAAGACAGCAGAAAACUUGAGGAAUGAUAUGAAUGCUGCUAAAGGACUGGACUCCAACAAAAAUGAGGUCAAUAAUGCCAUUAAAAGAGUGACCACUUCUGUAUAGAGUUUUACCUCAAACUCACGCCUUGUGUGUCUCCCCGACUGUGUGAACGUUAAUGUUAACCCAUCCUUGGAAUUGUUCCAGUCUGUUUGUACGCACCAAACUCACCUGAUUUUGUUUCUUCAUGUCGCAGUGUUUGUUGUAACUGCAACCUGGGAGAAAGUGCCUUGUUUCUGCUAAUGAUUGCACCAAAUUGCCCAGACAUAUUCUGCACAUUUUAUCAUGUCAUGUUUUGCCUAAAAGAACUAUUCAUCUUUUUUAUAUAUUUUAUAUAUAUAAAUAUAUAUAUAUAUAUAUAUAUAGGUAGAUGCACUACUGUAUAGAAGUAGAAAUCCUUGCAUAUAAUUUUGUUAUACACAGGGUGAAUGCAUUCUUUUUAAAAAAGCUAUAUUUUUGGGGGUUGUAUGCCCAGGUAUUUGGACCUGCUGAAAAAUAAUUGUACAGUUUUAUGUGAAAUUUGAUACUUUUAUACAGGUUGGCAGCUUGAUUGUGUAAAUUUUUUUUGUAUAGCAAGUUUAAUAAUAGGUAAUGCAAGUUUUUGAAUUUCAUCAAAAGUGGUACACUUUUAUUUUUCAGUAGCUAUAGAAGUCAGUUCUUUGUUUCCCAAAUCAUCUGCAUUUUGUGUUGAACCUGUUUAACUUUUUUUCCAGCUGAGUUGCCCUUUCCCCACCCUCCCCAUUCCAUGUUGUAAGCCAAGUCUUUGGUAUGAUGUGCUAAUAGCACAGAGCUCUUUUACUCCUUGGGAUAGUUUUGCAAUGGUUGGGCACUUUUUGUGGGACACAGAAAUACACAACACUAGAUCAGAUUAGAAGACUUUCAGGUUUGUUAUUACUUUUAGUUCUUGCCCUGCUGAACAAACAGACUUUGCACCAAAUGAAUGUGCUGUGAACAACACUUUAAAAGGUUAAUUCUAAUCAAUGUAACAUCAUCUUCCUUUGCCUGAUGCAGCAUUUUCUUUUGACUGGAAUUUGUAACUAUUAUACAGUUGUGAACAGUUUUAUAAUGUGUAAAACCUGGGGUUCAGUCUUGAUUUUUAUUCAUUGAUCAUGUACUGCACAAAAAAUAUUAUGUUUUACAGUAAGUGAAGACUUAGUUUUGGCCAUAGAUGACCACUAUAAAAAUUUGGCAAUAGUCUUUCAAAUGAACACUUGAUUUUCUGCUGGUGCUGAGAAAUAUAUUGACUAGGUGUAUAAUCUUAUAUUGGGGACCUCCAGUCAGGCAAAUCAUAGAAAUAAAACCGAGUGGUUUAUGAACAUGUCUAAACAGAGAUUGUUACGGGUUUGAAGUCACUCAUUUCUGUUUCUUCAGAAUAUGUCCUGAACACUUGUCAUUUUGUUAAUUACAUUGCUGACUCUUUUUGUUCAUUGUCGUACUGUAUAUGGAAACUGGUAGGGUCUCUUUGUAUAGAUUCAUUGAUCUGCUUCUUUCUUUCUAGAUACAUUUUAUGUAUUUUUGCUGAAUAAACAUGAUUAAUUUUUGUAA